GCCGGCGUGGGUUUCGCAGAUCCAUUUCUGUGGCGACGAAGCUCAAGAUGGAGGGCAUGUUCAACUACUACAUCCCGGACGACGGCGAUUCGCCCGACCACCUCAACGUCUUCCCGCUCCCGCUCAAGGCCGGCCUCAAGCUCGCGCACAUCAAGAAGGCCUUCCCACUGCCGGGCAGCUUCCACUUUCGCUUCAAGCAAGCGUUCGAGGGCACGUAUGUGUGGCUCGACAUUGCCGACAACGACCCGGUGCCCGAGUACAAUGGCGUCGUCAUCUCCAAGGUGGCCCGCGUCGUGGACAAGGCCGAGGCAGCGGCGCCGGCGCCAGCGCCCGUCAAGGCCGCUGCCGUGCCUUCCCCGCCCAAGGUGGAGGCCCCACCAGCAGUACCCGACCUCAUUGAGACCUCGACGCCGUCAGCCGCCAAGGAUGCCAAUGCCAAGGUCUUUAACGAUGACCUUGUCGGGCUCAUGUCGACGCCGACAGCAUCGCCGCGCGUCAUGAGCCCCGUCAACCAGCCCAAGGCGCCUGUCGAUCCGUUCAACCUCUUUGCGGGCGGCGCCGCGCCGCCGAUGCGGCCACCGACGCCGCACGGCGCCCAACAAGGAUUCCAGAACGCGCCGUACAUGCCGCCGGGCGGCGCGGGUGGCUUCCCCAUGGGCCCGCCCCGAGCGCCCAUGAACAGCAGCAUGAACAUCAGCAACAUGAACAUGAACCCGAUGAUGGGCGGCGGGCCGCGGCCGGCGCAAGGCCCGCCCAUGGGCAACAACGGCUUCAACAACCUCCAAUGGCAAGGCAUGCAGCAGCCCCCGAACGGCGGGAAUCCCAUGAUGCGGCCGCCGACAAACAACCCGAACCAGCGGUCUUGGUAAUAACGCGGGUCCUCCUGCAAGUACACACCACCACAUGAUUACGUGUCUUCUCUAACAUGAUCCUAUCGACGGC